GCCCUCAGAGGAAGUCAGUCUUAAAGUGACAGUCUCAAGACGCUCCUCUAAAAACCAACAGAAAAGCCUGAACAGUGGAAACACACAGGAGAGGAGAUAAAAUCUGUUGAGGACAUUCAAAGUCACCUACGGGAUUCUAAACUGCUCUUCAACCCCAAACGCAGUCAAUGACCCCAAACGCUCAACUGAUAUCCCCCUGAGAUGCUCUGUAAAGAGGAAGAGCCAGACUGUGUGAAAAACACCAACAUCUGAGGUUUCCUGGAAGCAAAAACAUACUCAAUCUAACUAUGGUUGAAGAAGCAACAGUAGUGCACAGUAACCAGCCCUUCCACUGCCUGGCCCCUCAGGAUCUGGUGGCCAAAAUACUGCCCCCUGUCCUGAUUACAGAGCUCCUAGUGGGCUUGCCAGGCAACGUAAUGGCCCUGUGGAUCUUCACCUGCCGUCUGAAGACUUGGAGGGCCAACACCCUGUUCCUCUUUAACUUGGUCCUGGCUGACUUCCUACUGCUCAUCUCCCUGCCCUUCCGCAUUGACAACCUGUUCCGUGGGGAACACUGGGUGUUUGGCGAAGCCUGGUGUCGGAGCAACCUCUUCAUGCUCGCUGUCAACCGCUCGGCCAGCAUCGCCUUCAUGACUACCGUGGCCUUCGACCGCUACUUCAAGGUGGUCCACCCACACCACCGUGUCAACCACAUGACAUCUACCCAGGCAGGAUGGGUGGCGGGGGGCAUCUGGGCGGUGGUGAUGUCCCUGCGGCUCCCCCUGCUGACCACCGACCUCCUCGUUCAGCAUGGCAACAAGUCCCUGUGUCGCAGCUUCAGCGCCUACAAUGUGACUCCCCUGGCAAUCAAGAUACACAACACAGUGUUCGUCGGGGAGUUCUUCCUGCCCCUGCUGCUCUUGCUAUUCUGCUCAGCCAGGAUUGCCUGCAUCUUGCGCCAACGGCAACUGGACAAGGGGCAGAAGGUGCAGCGGGCCAUCCGCGUGGUUGGGCUGAUCGUGGCUGUGUUUGUGCUGUGUUUCUUUCCCAGCAUCGCCACAGGCCUGAGUGCUCUCUUUAUCAAGAAGGUCAGACCCAGCGACUGUGAGUCUUACAACAAGGCUGCGCAGCUCUUCAGCCUGUCCAUUGGAUUUACCUACCUUAACAGUGCGCUGGAUCCGGUCAUCUACUGUUUUUCCAGUUCCAUGUUCCGAAACUCCCUCAAGAGUGCCAUCAAUAAGCUGGGCCUGGUGGAGAUGAGGCUGAGUCGACGGGGAAGCAUGACGAGCGAUGGGUGAAGAGCGAGGCACCCACCUUCUAAAAGGCCCUAUAAAGGAGAACAGGAGCAGAUUUCAUGGCUGUGAAUCGAAUGGAGACUAGACAUUGGAAUUUUACAGCUAUAAUUAACAAGCCAUAUUAUUUUAAUAUUUUUAUUUUACCUUUAUUUAACUAGGCAAGUCAGUUAAGAACAAAUUCUUAUUUUCAAUGACGUUCUAGGAACAGUGGGUUAACUGCCUUGUUCAGGGGCAGAACGACUGAUUUUUACCUUGUCAGCUAGGUCAUCCGAUCCGAUUCUGUAGCUAUGUGGGAUACAUACUUGAAAGGACUGAGUAUGUGUGUAUGUGUGUAUGUGAAACAAAGACAGGAAAAAGAAAUCCUUCAUUCUACUGAAUGGUUAUUAUUAUAACCGAAUGAUGUAGAGUGACAUUAUGUUUUUGUCUUGAUUUAGUAAUGUCUAUCAAAUGCACCAUUUUUACCAGAUGCAGUGUUUAGGGAUGUUUCAAAAUGUACAGAACGGGACCAGGAGGAGAAUGGGGGAGGGACAUGCUUUCUAUUUCAGUCGGGGAGGAUUUAGUAUUUUCUAAAUCAAGUCCAGGGGAGGGUCAUGCAAUUUGUAAUUGAUUACAUUUUAAUAUUUAUCAGUGUUCUAGAAUUAGUUGCUUAUUAUGCUAUACAAUGCCUUCAGAAAGUAUUCCCACCACUAGACUUUUUCCACAUUUUGUGUUAAAGCAAUUUACAUUUUUUAUGUCACUGCGAUUGUUUUGUUUUUUUACAAAUGAAUAAAGAACGCAAAGCUGAA